UAUGUUAAACUCUUAACAAAGCCGGUAUUUGGAAAUUAAUGCAGAGGACUGAGGUUUUAAAUGAUGUUUUGAAGACGAUUUGAAAAGAGAAUGAAAUAUUUAGCGAUAUGUGUGUUUAUGACAACUUAUUCCAUGCAACAAUCUGAUGUACAUUUACCACUCCAGUGUGUGAUUAUACAGAAAAGACAAGCAAUUGUUCCACCACAAAGAGUUCCCCAAUUCUUACAUGUAGAUGGUGACAAAACGGCGUGCCAACAACAUGGAUCAGGACACGAGACUUUACAGUGUGGCAAUACUGAUGUAUACAUUAAAUCUGAGUGUGUUUGUACAUUUUAUAACGUAAAUGAAGCAAAAUACCACGACCAUACGGCUUGUCCAAAUGGAGAGAACUCGGACGAUGUGAAACGAUUAACAUGUAGAGAGUGUGCACUAUUCAGUCUCCACAACAAAGGGCCCUGUAUUAACGGCGGCAAUCUGACGUGUAAGACGGGGGAAAACGUGCUUGCGCCUGAUAUUCAAUGUGACUGUCCAGAUGAUUUUGAAGGAAUGUUUUGUGAAAAUAGAAUGGAGAAUGUGACCAGAAUUUGUGACAUGGUCACAGAACCUUCUUCUCCCCAACUAAUAAACUGCGACCUCACGAAAAUGGAUUGCUUUACAUACAGCGAAAACAAAAAAUAUGCUUUCAAAUGUAAUAAAACAGAGGAAAGCCAGGAAAGAAAAGGAUUACCAUUAUGUAGCGAGAUAGAAUCCGUAAUCAUUCAUACUAUUGGAAAAACAACUACAGAAUCUGGAAAUGUACGGGUGGAAUCUAACAAUACGCGACAUGGAUAUACAUCAAGAGCGGACAAACUCACACCAGUUUUGACACUAACGUCAGUUUACUGUUGGUUUCUAAAUAUAAAAACCUUUGCUGAGACUCUGCUCUUAAGAGUUUAGGUGUUAACUUCUUUGAAAGGACACAUUUUUACAGAACUUCAUGAAAAAUAAUUUGAAGUGUUUGAAUUCUUUUAAACGAAUUAUAGGGUUUGUCAUUAUCGAGUGAUUACUCAGUAUUAUUUAAUACAUUUAAAGAAUUUAUACAAUUUCUAAUCUCAAUCGUAAAUGUUUGUUUAAAUAAUCCCUCUUUCCUUAUUAUUAGCAGACCUAUUUUUGAAUUCAUAUGAAGCAGAAUUUGGCUUAAACGUGAAAAAGAAGAAAACACUUGCCGUGGCCUUCAACUCGAUAUUUAGAUAUAUCGAUGACGUAUAGUCAAUGACAAUGGAUAUUGCCAUUUUUAUGUCGAAAUGAUAUAUCCAGUCGAGCUUUAUUAAAAUAAGAGAUACCAUAUAGAGUCUGCCAUAUCUAUAAAAAUAUAAAAAAACAUUUAGAUAUUUUACUCGAAAAGACGUUAGGCCUAAUAGUCAUCUAGCAAUCAAGCUUUAUGAUAAACGUGAUGACUUCUAUUUUUCAAUGGUCAAUUGCCCUCAUACCUUCAUCAUCUGCAUAUGUUGUUUAUUUCUCAGUUGAUUCGACACGCAAGAACAUGCUCUCCGCAUGAGCAAUUUAUAAAACGGGGUAAAUUAUUUCCAAACAAGUUGCUAAAAAAAGAAUAUCAGCAGUCUCUUUCAAAGUUAACAUUUCCAAAGUUCUAUGGUCGAUACUAUGAAAUUGUACGAUUUAUCAUUGAUUCAA